UUGCCGCAUAAAUACAUAUAGAUCGAUAUGAUUGGUCAUUCCCUGACAUCAUUCCUGCACCCAAAUGACAUAGAGUUAGUGCAAACACAAAUCCAAUGGGCUCACCAACAAGUCUCCAAAGGAUCUCAAACUUCAGACAAGAUUUCAUUUCAAUGUCGUCUCCGGGAGAAGAAUCAGCCGCGAAGUGAAGUGAUUACUUACCAAAUGGUUCAGGUGUCCGGACAUAUUACCAACUCUGACAGCUCUGAUGAUCCCAAAGAGUGCACUGAUAUAGAGGGCGACGAUAAGCUUGAGAACAAGAUUCUCUUCAAGGGAUUCAUUCAAAUCAUUCCAACGAAUCCAAUGGCAGAGUUGUCUAUAAUGGACGCCGAUUUGGAUGAAUAUGUUUCCAGACAUUCACUCGACGGCACUCUACUCUUUGCUGAUCACAGCCCACAAAUGGCUACCAUUCAGACCACUAGUGUUAACAAUUCAAUCAAUUUUAUCAAUUCCGGUGCCAAACCGCCCAACGGUUCCUUUGCCGGAGACAGUUCUGUAACCAUUAGUCCCACACUGGAUACCAGCUUUUAUUCACCCAAUACUGACAACCAGUGCGAAGACUCGCCCAUUGGCUCACAGACUGAACGCCUGACACUAAAUGGACUCAAUUAUGAAGAGCUCUCUAAUCAUUCGACAAAUUCAUUGUUGAGUUUCUCAUUUCCCAGCAAUGAUUCCCAAUGUGAUUUCGGUUUAAUAGAAGAUCAAUCAUUUGACGACAAUAUAAUAGACGAUCCCUUCCUAUCGAGCGUCGGUUCCAAUGGACGGAAGAGAAGCGGAUUUGUAUCGCGAGAUGCGCUCCGAUUGGGUCCGUCAGUUGAAACGGAAGCUUCAAUUGUUAACCAUAAGAAUCCAAACUCAAAUCAUUCAGUUGUCUUCGCUUCAAAAGCGGACGCAAAUUGAGUACAAAUAUCUGUUUGAAAAUCCGCAGAAUAUUUCACACAAAAUAAUUUUACUGAAGAAAAGUUUGUACAAUCAAUACCGAGAACUCGAGUAUUUGAGAGCAGCUCUUAGACUGAAUUCAUCGUCAUUUUCAUCUAAAUAUACCAUAAAUUCGUUAUCAAUUCAAUCAAAUGUUGACAUAAUUCACUCGAAUCGAUGCCUAAACGACAUUGAAAUCAGCGACGAAACAAAUUAUCCACAAUUGGAUCAGUCAUUAUUGGCGACUCUCUCGACACCUCCGGCGACCCCUCAAUCGAAAGGCUCGUCUUCUAGUCUAGCACUUCAUGAUAACGACUGUCUGAUAGGCUUUC